AUGGUCAAAAAUUUUAAAAUGUCAGGAAAAAACGAAAUACAAGUAAAGAAAACAGAAAUACAAGAAUACUUACCGAAAUAUGGCGGCGUUGUUGCAUGUUAUAAAGCUUUAGAACAAGAAAAACGGCCAGCCAAAAUCGCAACAAUUUGUUCAGAUAUUGAUCACGUAUUUGGAGCAAAUCCAGCAGAAGACACUAGCACUUUUAUGAGAAAAGUGGUUGCUUUUUAUGAGCAUGUCGGAGAUAAACAACUUAUUUCGUUGGCUGGAUAUUCUCAUCUUAUUUUAGCAGAGCAAAUGGCAGCAAAUAAAUUCUCAAAAGUAGACAUAAAUAAGGAAAUUGAUAAAGCUUGUGCUUUAAUUGAUAUGGCUGAACUUGGUGGAAAAAAUCCUCUUAUGAAACGAGCAAUGAGUCUAAAAAGAAGGAUAAAUUUCAAAGACUACGUUAUCCUUAUUGUUUCUUUGACAUUUUUAGCAUUAUUUAUUCUUUUUAUUGGUUGGGGUUAUAGAUUUCUUGUAGAUCACGCAGAUAAGUUCUAA